GCAUGGAAGGAUAAUUCAAAUCAAGUUAUUAACAAGAGACAACGUCACUAAUGUUUGCUAAGCAAAUAAGCAUACUUUAAUACUAUACAAUUGAUAUGAAUUUUGGUUGAAGAACUAAUUGGAUUGGACUAAUGAAAGACAUCAACAAUGCGAGAGGAGAGACAAACAUGGUCAAAGAGCCAUAUGAAAGACAUCAACAAUAAUGCUAGAGCAUGUGGUCGACGAGUAGUUACAAGAAAAAAGAAGCAGUAACGGAAGCAAGAAGCUACCACCUGGGCAAAUGGGUGUUCCCUGGAUUGGAGAAACAAUGGAUUUUUACAGAGCCCAACGGAACAACAGAUUGUUCGAGGAUUUUGUUGGACCUCGAGUGGCUAAAUAUGGCAAAAUGUUCAAAACAAGCUUGAUGGGGUCGCCAACAGUGAUCGUAAAUGGAGCUGAAGCCAACAGAUUCUUCUUGUCCAAUGAGUUCAAGUUGGUGGUAAGCUCGUGGCCGUCGGCCUCAGUUCAGUUGAUGGGCAAAGAAUGCAUCAUGCAGAAGCAAGGUGAAACACACCGCUGCCUACGUGGGCUUAUUGGCGCAAGCCUUGCAAGUUCUUGUCUCGAGGCUAUGAUGCCUAAACUGUGCACUACGAUCCAGUUUCAUCUCGCCACCACAUGGCUUGGCCAUGACACAAUUGCUCUGUUCCACUCCGCAAAAGUCUUGACAUUUACAAUAGUGUUCGAGUGUUUGUUGGGUAUCAAAGUAGAGCCAGAUGUGUUGACGACGUUCGAGAGAGUUUUGGAAGGAGUUUUUGCACCACCAAUCAGAUUUCCAGGCUCAAGAUUUUUGAGAGCCAAGAAAGCAAGGUUAGAGAUAGAGAAAAUGCUGAGGAAAGUGGUGAGAGAGAAGAGGAGGAAAAUUGAAGGAAAGCUAGAAGAAGAAGAAGAGGGUGGAUCAUUGCUUUCAAGGAUGGUGAUGGCGAUGAUAAGGGGGGAGAUUAGUGAAGUGGAAGUCAUAGACAACGUGGUUUUGCUUGUUUUUGCAGCCCACGAUACAACCUCGUUUGCCAUUGCCAUGGCUUUCAAAAUGUUGGCUCACCAUACAGACUGCUACACACUUCUUCUUCGAGAACACGAUGACAUACUGAGAAGUAAGGGAGAAGACCAGAAUUUGACGAUGGAAGAUAUAAAGAAGAUGAAGUAUACUUGGCAGGUAGCUCGUGAGACCAUGCGGCUGUUUCCUCCUAUAUUUGGUUCUUUCAGGAAAGCGAUUUCAGACAUUGAAUACGAAGGAUUCUUCAUUCCAAAAGGAUGGAAGGUCUUGUGGACGACGUAUGGAACGCAUUACGAGGAAGAGUAUUUUGAAGAUCCAUUGAGUUUCAAGCCAAGCAGAUUCGAGGAACCUGUUUCCCAGUAUGUAUAUGUCCCAUUUGGAGGAGGGCCAAGAGCUUGUGCGGGCUACCAGCUAGCCAAAUUGAACAUCCUCAUCUUUAUACACUUUGUUGUGACUCGUUAUAAUUGGAGUUUAAUCCAUCCGGACGAACCAAUCAUAAUGGAUCCUCUCCCUUUCCCUUCUCAUGGAAUGCCAAUCAAGAUAUCUCCAAAAUCAGAAGUUUGUACCAAUAUACAGCAAAUGUAGUCUCAUUUCUCUCUCUAUGACAAACAAAAAAUGUUCAAGAAGAUGCGUUCAUGAAUCAUCAGUAAAAAACGGCAUUUCAAUUUCAGAUGAACAUCCAUUCUCCUUUCGGUGUGGGUAAAAAAGGAGCAUGCUCAUAGAAAACUCAUACUUCGAAGCAACGUAAAGUACAAAGAUGCACCUUGCAACUGAAGAGAGUGUAAAACCUCAAGAUAU